UUCAAGUAUUUAUGCGACGCUGCAGCGGAGCGGAACUAAAGAAGAGUUUGUUUGUUUCCGCACGAACAAGUAAUCCCCGGCUUUUUUAUCAGACGCUACGUAAAGGAGAUGGCAGCUCUCCGAACGGCACUGCAUGCACGACUUGUUCGGACCUUUCCUUUCUCCUUCGGCUCGUUGCGGUACGCCAGCUCCUUCAAGGCAGCGGACCUCACCAUCGUGCGGAACCCGGAAUGCAAGCCGAAGCCCGACCCGUCCACGCUGCUGUUCGGCAAGCAGUUCUCCGACCACAUGUUGACCAUCGACUGGUCGGAGAGGGACGGCUGGGAGGCUCCGCAGAUCAAACCUUUCCAGAACCUGUCGCUGCACCCGGCCUGCUCCUCCCUGCAUUACUCCAUAGAGCUGUUUGACAAAGGGGAAAUGUUGGAGUGCAUUAAGAAGCUGGUAGAGGUCGACCAGGAGUGGGUCCCGUACUCCCAGAGCGCCAGCCUCUACAUCCGGCCCACCUUCAUCGGAACCGAGCCGUCUCUCGGCGUCUCUCGGCCCGGAAGAGCCAUGAUCUUCGUCAUCGUCGGCCCGGUCGGACCGUACUUCGCCACGGGGUCCUUCAACCCGGUGUCUCUGCUGGCAGACCCUUCGUACGUUCGAGCCUGGAAAGGAGGGGUUGGAGAGUACAAGAUGGGAGGGAACUACGGACCCACGAUAGCGGUUCAGAACGAGGCAUUGAAGCGAGGCUGCCAGCAGGUCCUCUGGCUGUACGGACAGGAGGAGGAGAUCACCGAGGUCGGAACCAUGAACCUCUUCAUCUACUGGACCAACACCAAAGGAGAGAGAGAGCUGAUAACUCCUCCUCUGGAUGGCAUUAUUCUCCCAGGAGUGACCCGGCAGUCCCUGUUGGACCUGAGCAGACUCUGGGGGGAGUUUAAAGUGACGGAGCGGACGAUGGGCAUGAAGGAGCUGCUGCAGGCUUUAGACGCUGGACGGGUUCUGGAGGUGUUUGGAGCGGGGACCGCCUGCGUGGUCUGUCCGGUCGGCAGCCUGCUUUAUAAAGGAAAGACAUAUCAGAUCCCCACCAUGCAGAACGGUCCAGACCUGGCCAAGAGGUUCUACAAAGACCUUACUGAUAUUCAGUACGGACGCACAGCGAGCGACUGGGCACCGCUGGUCGUUUAAACUCAUUUUUGCACGCCCCAAUCAAAUUGACGGUUCUGACCCGUGGUCCGAGUCCACGUGACCAGCAGCACACCGAUGCACUUCCUGCUUCUCUCGCCUCCCCGAGGAGACGGACGCCUCUCGCCCAUCAGUCUGCUUUUUAAACGUUUCCUCCUUUUCUCCUCUGAAAACUGGAAAGUGGUUGGUGGUUUCGAAUGUAUACUCCCAGAACACCAAAUGGAUCCGAACAGAACAUUAGAAAACACUUCAUCGUGAACCACUCCUUCCUCCUGCUGGAACAAAUGAGGUCCGAACACACAUCCUCUGGUGUUGUAGGUGAAUAUUUACAGAGCAGCUACACACUUGUUUCAAACAACGUGCACUAUAGCAGAUAAGAUGUAGUCCAAAUCGACCCGUAGAACCUUCAGCCGUCACACGUCUCGUUACUGUUGUCCUUGAAUGAUCCUGCAGUUCUCAUGUGGACCACGUCUCAAUGCUCGAGUUUGCACUGAUGUCAGGACAAAAAAAUAAAAACAAAGUUUUAUUUGUGAAACUAAAGAUGAGAAACGAACGCUGGCUCCUUCUCCUGCACUAGUUUGUGUGUUUAUAAAAACAUCACAAAUAGAUUGAGGCUUUUAAAUUAUUUUAUCUUUGUGUUGAUGUGAAAGUUGGACAGCUGUCUUCCAAAGUGUCACCAAAACCUUGCUGUUUUCCUCACUUUGUCCUUUUUUUAUCUUUUGUCUUUCAUUUGCCUCCGUCUUUGUGUGGAAACUCGACCUCUGAUGUGUUUGUUGCAGUUUGUGCACUCAAGGAUGUAGCUGGAUGCAGAAACCACUUUAGUUUUGUGAUUUUUAAAUGUUGCAUCUCUUUGGUUUUUACAAUAAACCUAAACUGAGUUA